AUGAUGAAGGUCCUUGUUUUUGCUCUCUUUGUUGUUGGUGCCUACGGGUGCGGCCUGCCCACCUUCCCCCCAGUGGUGACCAGAGUGGUUGGAGGAGAGGAUGUCAGGCCUCACAGCUGGCCCUGGCAGAUCUCCCUGCAGUACAACAGACAGGGUGAAUGGAGACACACCUGUGGAGGUACUCUGAUCUCCAGCCAGUGGGUUCUCACAGCUGCUCACUGUAUCAGCAAGACCAAGGAGUACAGAGUGGCCAUGGGAAAGCACAACCUGGUACAGGCGGAGGACGGUGUUGUGUUCAUGGGCACCGCGAACAUUGUCGUGCAUGAGAAGUGGAACUUCUUGUUCAUCCGUAAUGACAUCGCCCUGAUCAAGCUGGAGGCCCCCGUCACCUUCUCCCACAGCAUCAUGGCUGCUUGUCUCCCCGCUGCUGGCUUCCUCCUCCCCCACAACGAGCCCUGCUACGUCACUGGAUGGGGCCGCGUCUACACUGGAGGUCCCACCGCUGACAUCCUGCAGCAGGCCCUGCUGCCCGUGGUGGACCACGCCACCUGCACAAAGCGUGACUGGUGGGGUUUUCAGGUGAAGGACACCAUGGUCUGUGCCGGUGGAGAUGGAGUCGUGUCUGGCUGCAACGGUGACUCUGGCGGCCCUCUGAACUGCCAGUCGGCGGAUGGUGCCUGGGAGGUGCACGGCAUCGUCAGCUUUGGCUCCGGGCUCAGCUGCAAUUUCGCCAAGAAGCCCACCGUCUUCACCCAAGUCAGCUCCUACAUCGACUGGAUCAGCUCUACAAUGGUGGCCUAUUGAUUGAACAUGGUCCUGGGAAGAAUGGACAUAUAUCAAAUAAAUAAAAUAUGCAACUACGAAUCGAAAA